AUGAACGAUCAUGAAUCUUGGUCACGCCCUUGCUUCGGUUGGGAGGAUGACCUGAGACUGAUGGCAGAUGACCAUGUCAGGCUACUUUCUUUCCCAAGACCCUCUGGAUUGUUGCUGGCUGUAUAUUCCUUCACAGUGGUCCUGAAGCCGGGAAGAUGUUUGUCCGCUUUGUUUGAAAGAUUUGUUUUUGAAGCUACCAAGAUCUUCUUGAUUCUUCUUUGUAUGGUCAGCAACUCAAACACAACUCUUCUGCCACUGCCUGGUUCGCAGUGCCUGGUUUCUCACCUUGGAGUGAGGUCACUUGAGCCUGGUUCAAGGUCGAGCUCGCCUGGUUCAAGGCUUGUGACUGGUGAAGGUUCUUCUCCGUCAAUUUGCCACGAAUUCGGGGUCUUAGUCCGCACCACAGAUCUGUAG